AUGCACGACAACCGCACCCACCCCCUCCUCCAACAACUCCCCCUAACCGUCUCCCCCUUCGUCAACCUCCCAACCGCCACAACCCUCCCCUACCGCUACAAACCCAUGCCGUCCACCCUCCCCCCUUCAGCAGCUGGCAUCACCGCAUCAACAACCGACGAGCCUAACCCGAACGACCCAACCCAGCCCGUACAAAGAGAACAAACCCACAAACCAAAAUACGUCAUCUCCCCCUCCGGCCACGCCGCCCACCCAGACGAAAUCCUCGCCUCCUGCCGCGCGUUACACGCCCACGUUGCGCAGUUGCGCGCCCAAGCCGAGGCUGAUCUGGACGCACUGACGGAGCGGAUACGGGCGCGGGAGUUGGCUGAGAAGAGGAGGGUUGCGCCUGGGUGGUUGGAUAGUGAGGCUAGGCUGUUGGAGCCGGAACGCGCUGGGGGGGCUGGGUCUGGGUCUGUUGGGUUGGGAGGUGGUUCUGGUUCUGCGGAAGAAGGGGUAGGUGGAGUGGAGAUGGGGUCGGGACUGGGGGGGUUGGUGUUUGGGGGCGAGUUUGGAGGGGGGUUUGGAGGAGGAGACUUUGGAGGUCAGAGACAGGGGGAAAUGUUGUUGCAGCAACCUGUGGCUGGGUUUCCGGGGAGUGGGAUAGGGCAAGGCGGGCAUGGGCCGGGAGGAGUGAGUGAGAUGGCCGUGCCGGAUGAGGGGGAAGAAUUGGAUCGGGCGUUUGGGAGUUUGAGGGUUGAUAAAUAG